GUUGGCAACACCUACCUUCACAUUCUCAAGUACUUGAGAUCCUUACCUUUUCUUUCCGAGUUCUCUGAGAUCUUCCCCAUCUUCCCGUUUAUUCAUCCAUCGAAAACAACAAUGGCUAUCCGCCUGCCUCGUAUCGUGACCUCCAAGAAAGUUCCCAAGGGUUACUUUGCAGUUUAUGUCGGUGAGAACCAGAAGAGAUUUGUGAUACCAGUGGCGUUCUUGAACCAGCCUUCAUUUCAAGAUUUGCUAGGCAUGUCAGAAGAAGAGUUCGGAUAUACUCAUCCUACCGGCGGUCUCAGAAUUCCUUGCAACGAAGACAUCUUUCUCGAUGUUACCUCUCGCUUGAAUUGAUUGGGAGAUAAUUAGUCCAAACCAUCACACAAAAUUUUGUAAAGCAAACAUCUAAUACUAUGUAAACACUUUUUCCCAUCCUUUUUUCCUUGGGGAGAGGGAGAAGAUACAUACAAUCUCCCUAAGAGGAAAAUCAAAGAUGGUGGUUACUGUAAAUUCUAUUAAC